AUAAAUCUGCUUAAAUAACGGCAUGAUGUUUUUUAAUCCUUUUUUAACCUUUCCCGAUUUUAAUUUCAUCCAGUGGUUUAAAAAUUGGCGAAUGUAAAAGGCAGAACAAUAUACGGAUAUAUGGUAUCGCUAAAUUGGAUUGUUAAUUUGUAAUAAUGCAAUUUACAAAACCGAUAUGAACUAUGAUAUAUUGUUGUUCAAUUCUGUUGCAACAAAAACAACCACAUACCGAUUAUGAGUAUUGGCAGUUGAUAAUAAUUCGUCUAUAUUGUGGUGAGAUACUUCGAUACAUUAUUUUGAAUAAAACGUGGCUUAUUGGUCAUCUAAAAAUCUGAACGGUUCCUAACUGAUGGCGGAUGGAUUCGAUGGAAGCAGCACAUGGAAACUCGAACACGGACAAGUUCGUCUUAUCAACAUUGAUCGUAUGCCAAUCCAUCAUAAAGCGUUAGACAAACGCAGAGUUAAUCGCAGAAAGAAGUCCCCCACCGAAGAAACGCGAAAGCGAAGUAAGAUGUUGACCAAGUUAACGCGUGGAGCGUCUAAAGCCGACCUGAAAUCAGAGCCGCCGGCAAGGCCGACAACGCCGAAAUAUCUGAAGGACUACUUUGAUUAUGACAAGAACAGCAGUAGCGAGGAAAGCGCCAGUGACGAAGAUAAGACAAAAGGGCCAGCUAAAACCCUGGACAUGAGUCAGAAGAUCUACCUGACUGCCUGCAUCAAAGAGGGCGUGGCACCUAGACGGCGUCUUCUAAAGGGACUUACGCAGGACGGUCUGAACGUGAACAAUUGUACCCUUGCACCGAGCGACAUUAAGGCGCUGGCGUAUGCUCUAACGACAAACAUGUGCGUGACGUCAUUAGAUCUGAGCGGCAACGAGAUUGGUCGGGAAGGCAUGGAAUAUCUGGUGGAAAUUUUGGAAGAGAAUAUGACCGUCACCGAGCUGCGUUUGUCUAACGCGAGGCUGGGUCUAUAUGAGGUGCUCCUUCUCACAGAAAUGUUGUCAGAGAAUAUGCGCAUCACCACUCUGGAGGUCGCAGGCAACGAUCUAGAUGACGAGUGCGCCAAGUGUUUUGCAGAGGCGUUAAAGUAUAACAGAAAGAUAAAGAAGCUGAAUCUCAGCCAUAACAAGUUCAACGAGACCGGAGGAAAGAUUCUUGCCAAAUCUAUAGAGACGAAUGAUUGCAUCGAGGAUCUCGACAUGAGCUGGAACUCCAUACGGAUGCUGGGUGCAAUAGCAUGGGGAGACACGCUCUACAACAAUGUUGACUUGAAACACAUAAAUCUGUCUUGGAACGGAUUCGGGGACGAAGGAGCCGCGUCCAUUGGAGAGGCUCUGGAGGAGAACAACACCUUGCUGACGCUUGACCUCACAUGUAACCGGAUAGGGUUCGAAGGAAGCCGCGCCAUUGCGAAGGCGCUCGGAAACAACUCGUCGUUAGAGUCGCUCGCGCUAAGCCAAAAUCCAGUCACAACCCAGGGCGCUGUUGAGCUUCUUACACAUUUACAGAUAAAUGACGAGUCAAAACUGCAGGAACUACUUCUUGAGGGAACACAAGUGACCAGUGAGGCUGAUGAUCUGUACGAAGAAAUCCGAGGUUUCCGAAGCGAGUUCAAAUUCGUUCAUGGUGGUCACGUGAUAUCACCGGAUACGCUUGCCUUUAAAACUGUCAAACCAGAGGAAAAGAAUUGUCGAAGCAGCAAAUCUUGACGCAGUGCUAUAUGAAAAAAUCAGUGUUGUGCUGUUUAUUUAAAACGUUGUAAUAAAGUUUGUUACUCUAAAACAAAGAUUUGUUCCGACCUUCAUCAUGAGUUCGUAACAGAAAUAAAAA